ACUUGCAAAGAGCAUAAAGCUUUACAAAAGUAUGUUUACUAUUUAUAUCGAUUGCAGAGCAGCUGUACUGGACUGUCAGAUACGUUUAUGGAUAUUAUAUCAAACCACAUCCUGGAAAGUACCUACGCUGUGGUUUACAUAAAUCAAUCAACAAUGCCUCUGUUGUUGACGACCUUUCCCCCGACUGUCUCUGAACUGCAUCUCCAGACUCAUCUUGCAAGUCGCAGAUAUAUCCGGUGACCCACAGUGAACCUGAUAUAUAUCAUCUUAAUGAAUAAUAUUGAAACCUGCUUGUUGAAAGCAGACGGAAAAGUUACAGCUCAAAUGAUUUGCAUGUGAUAAAGCCGUCAAUACAAAAUGAGAAGUACUCUGGCAGUGGAACAAUGUGUGUGUUAUAUACAAAUGCACAUAUACAAGUGUACAUCUAGUGGCUGAGCCUGAUUCAUAACAUCCUGCGUAAUCUUUAAAAACUCGGUUAGACAAUGAGCGCGAGACCAACUGCAGCAUUUCAACAGCAGUUCUGCUUUGAAGUCGUCUUCCUGCUUUGAGGUGAAGAACAAUAAAUAUAGUGAGGCUGUCCGCAAAGUCUCAUAUGUGACUGAAGGAAAUAGGAGGAGUACAAUAUGACUUAGCUUUGGUAUAUCUUUGUGCUUUUACAACUGAAAAGGCCAUGACGAGCUUAGCAUGCAUUCUCUUUUUCAUUCACCUCUCAAAAGUGUCCGCAGAGUUGAUCUUUGAGCAUCUGAUGGAGAGCCAGUCACUCGAGCUCUCCUGUUCCCCUCAGCAAGAGUAUGGCAGCCUGAGGGGCCUCCACCUUUACCACCGCAGUGCCCAGAGCCAGACGACGCUGCUGUCGAUGGCCGUGAACAGCGAGGCAAAGGUCGACCCGCAGCACAGGGGGCGUCUGCAGCACAGUAAAGGACUGGACUCUCUGCAGGUCAAUGUGACCAUAUCCCAUUUACAGCCCAGUGACACAGGACUCUACAUGUGGGAGCUCAGCUACAGAGAGGACAGCGUUGACCAGAUUAUAACCAGCACUCAAAAGGUUUUCUUGUUCGUUGAAAGGACAGGGAGGUCAUGCCAGUGCUCUCCCAGUUAUGGUCCAGUGAUCUUGAUCAUCUUUACAACAGCGGCACUUCUUCUGCUCACACUUAUCUGGCUGGCCGUAGAGAAAUGUGUGAAGACGAAACAUCAUCUCAGACCACAACCUCCUGUUCCUAUCUAUGAGGAAAUGACCAGGAAGCAGCAGAGCACCGGAAACCCCCAAAAUAACCAUGAGGCAGCUUCACACCUGGAGGAAGUCAACUUCCCCGUGUAUGCCAACCCCAACAUUCGACAACCACAGGACAACUAUUACGCCUGCCCCAGACAGCUUGCCCUCAGAGCCUGACGUAACUUCUUGCAUCAAACUAAUGCUGCAACAAAUGUGCAGGAAGUGACACCAUCCCGAAAGCAGAAAUAUGAUGUGAGAAUAAGAGAUGACUUCUCAUUUCAGGAAAUAAGAAAGAAAAGAUGUCAGUUUGGUGGAACAAAGGGCACAGAAAACAAACACCAAAUGGCACAUUUUUAACAGCCAAGAAAAAAGCUAUUUUAUUAAUAUUUGAAAGAAGCUCCAUAGUUCAUGAAAACAUUUGUUUCGGUGCAUGUCAUUUAACAAUCACAUUCUAUGAGGAGAAAGAGAUAUACAGAGAGAAAAAUAAAACAUUACAAGCCACUGACUUUUCAUUAAAUCUCAGUACAGACUUUUUACUUAAUAUUAAAAAAAAAAAAGGCCAAAAAAAAAAAAAAAAAAGCAGCCCUAAUCCCGUAUCCCCCACCCCACCCCUCAAGAAAACCGUAACAACUGAGAAAAAAAACCCUUGAGGGUGACAGGCUAGAAUCCCACAGUGCUAAAGAGUGAGAUGCUCAUUGGUUUUAGGAAUACACAGCAUGGCGAUGUAGCGCUAGGUCAAUCUGAAUCAGGGGAAGGAAGCUGGAGGCGGAGGGGGCGGGCGGGCUCCACGUGAAUCACCUCUCCACCCCCCUCCACCCUCUUAAGAAAACAAAACAAAAAACACAUUGGAUCCCAAAAACCCCUGCAAGAGAUCAGCCACGAAGAAGUAGGCCAUAAAAUCCCCCGUCUUCCAACACCGCCCGCCCCCCCCCAAAAACACUUGUGCAUAGUUUCAUGAUCCUUUACAACCAGCUCAUGUUUUUACAAACAUCCUCCAAAAUGUGAAAAAUGUUCCACAAAAGUCUGAUUUAUCUAUUAAUAAUACCCGCUGUGGGAGAAUGAGAGAGAGAGAAGAGAGAAAAGAGGAAAGAAAGAGUAAUGCACAAUGUUCCUGAUUCAGUCAGGACGGGACCUCCUUUAAGAAAACACAAUAAAGAUUCAAACAUACAGCAUUUUGCAUGUUAUUCACGGUCUCUUUUUUUUUCUUUUUUCUUUUUUUUUUUAAACAAUCAAAAUCAUUGACCUUUUUUUUGUUUUUAAAUGUAAAGCAAUUUUAAUAUAUAGAUUUAUAUAUAAAGCACUCCAUUUUCAUUUAAAGUCCAUUAUUUGGUUAUUAUGUAACUGCUACGGAUUUAGAAACAAAAGGUAUUUUCUCUUCUUCUGAAAUCCAUAACUUUCAGUGCUUAGAAUUGUUUCUUUUAAAUCAUCCAUUUUUUUCUUCUUUUCUUUUUUUUUUUUUUUACUCAUCAUAAAAAUGUACAUUAAAAUGGCGUGGAGUUGGUACUCUGGAACCCUGGCCUUCCUGAGACAAGAUCCACUUUUUCGUGUGUGUGCAAGAUAGUGAGCAAUUAUGUCUUUUUUUUUUUUCUUUUCGUUUUUUUGUUUGUUUUUCUAUAAAGGAAAAAAAUAUAAUCAAACAUAAAACAUACAGGCUUCAGAUAGUCCAUGAAAUCAACAUUAAACACAGAACAAAGAAGGUUAAACAGAACGAGACAACACUGUUCAAUCCCAGAGUUCUGAAAGUAGCACAAUAAAUCUUCAUUCUGUGAAGUGUUGCACUUUUUCUUUUCUUUAAAAAUGGAAGCAUUUGUCCUUUUUUUUUCUUUUUUCCAACAUUCCCAUGGUUUAAUUCUUUUGUGUUGCUGAUUUUUUUUUCUCUUUUUUUCUGAACUCCAGAAAAAAACAAAGUGUUUGUAAACUGUCAGUGGCCUUGCAGAGAAAAAAAAAA